GCCAAUACAUACAUACUGAACGGCUCACGAACUCACGGCUCAGUUAAGUUCGCAGGCUGCCGAGAUAAGAGUACGAGAAGAAUACAAAUUUCCAUUGUACAGAAGUAGUUUAUAGAUACAACAUACUACAUCCUGGAGUUCGUUGGUGCUCUUGUUAAUGAAAAUAAAAAAAAAAUAUUAAAGCAAGAACAAAGAAAUUUCUUUAUUUGGAAUAAAGUAGUAUAUAUUACGCUCUAAAAAUAAUCUAAAAAAUCAUCAACAAAAGAUUUGAAAGCAGUGAAAAUUUGAAAGCAAAGUGAAGUGAAGCAUAUACAUUUUUAUAAAACAUAUUGAAAAAAGUGAUAAAAAAACUACAAUAUGAGAGCUCAUUUUGCCACUGAUGUUCCUGCCUCUCCGGAUGCCGAUGGAAAUGAUUUGGUGGAUUCCUCCCAAGCCCAAACGGCACCAUCCCAUGAUGCGGACGAGGGUAAAAGGCAUAGUGAUACGCAGGAGAAAUUGAAAUCACGCAUUGUGGAAUUCAAAAGUGAUUCAAGUAAAAUGGCUGUGGUGGGUGAAUUCAUUGAUGAAGUUUUGGAAAAGGCCGAAGAGGAGGCCAAUAAACAGCAGAAUACAGAUGGGAAUAAGACUUUGCAACAGAAUAAAAAUAAAUCACAAAAACAGAAUUUUGCUAUACCAGAUUUCAAAAAUGGCAAAGUUGUCAACAAGGCGAGAGGAUUUGUGGUGCGUCUCUUCGAGUCCAUCUGUAAUUGUGCCAAUAAUGCUGCUGCGGCUCCAGUCUCUAGAUUCAAGUUUCGUAGCGGAAAACGGGCCUCCACCUCUACCGAUGUCACAGAGACAAAUGGCAAAGCGGAUAUCAACAAAAAGGAGGAGAAAACAAAAAAAUCGGUGUCCGUUAAAGAGAAAAAAAGUGAAAAAAUCAAAUUUGAAGAUGAGAAAAUGAAUGCGGAACAACAGCCACAGGAGGCAAUUGAAUUGCAAUAAAGCGUAAAUAUACAUCAUUUGAAAAGUUAAGGAGAGAGUGAGGACGAGAAUAAUCUUAAUCACAACAAGUAUAACAACAAUUUUUGAUAGCAACAAAAACACAUUCAAAAUCUCUAGAAGACUUUAUAUUGAGAAAAAAAAAACAAUGUAUAGCAAUACUAAAAACCAUUAGUGUUAGUAGUGAAGUGUUAUAGUGCAACAUUCAAGCAGUUACAUACGUACGUACUUGUAUAUUAACCUUAAUAUGUACAACUCAAUAACACUGUGCUCAUCAUCAUCCAAAGGUUUCUUACCUAUACUCAAUUUGAUAUAAACGAAGAAAAACAUAAAUAUUGACUUGGAAUUGCCUCAUAGCUAGGAAAAAAGAGUAGACAAAUUCAUUAGUUCGGAUUUGAAAAUCUCUUUAUAUCAUGGUAUGAAAAAUUGAGAAAAAGAACUACAUUAAUUAGAAGUGAGAAUUUUUAAAGCUAUAGCUUUCUCUCUGUCUCACCGCAUUAAAGAAAAAGUUUCUUGCAAAUAUUAUGAAAAAAAAAAACACAAACAAAUAACAAACGUAACAAUCCUUAUAUAGAUAAAACAUUUAAUAUUAAAAAUAGGAAUAAAAAAAUCAAUCACUCUAGGCAAUAACAAUCACUUACAGCUGUCGCAGUUAAAGAAUUUGUCGUAAGAAGCUGACGAACGAUUCUUCUUUUCAAGAUUCUAUUAACUUCAUCAAGCUUGAAGGUCAUAGAAUCCAACACUUUCUUUCAAUCUGUUAUAAAAUCACUCUCUAAAAGUUUUUUUUUACCAAAACAUCUAGACAGAAAGUUUUAGCAUUAGGAUUCAAUCUGUUCUAAAAUCGAUCUGCAAAAAUACUUUCCAAUCCUUGUGGAUUGGUUGUUCCAGAAGGCAUAUUUUAUUAAUGCGCCUUAUUAACAUACCAUUCUUAGAGUUAUUCGUCACCACUCUUACAAUUCCUUCCUUCCCCGAAUGAAACUUUACUACUUUAGCUAAUGGUCAAGAAGCUGGUUGUGUUUUCUCGUUCCUGAGAACCACAUCUUGUCCCAUUUCAAUAUUUUUCCAUCCAAUUCUCCAUUUCGUUCUUCUUUUCACUAUCCAUCUACUUUCUACUUUCUGGAAUCUUUUCGCUCUAGAUUUACGGAGUGAUUUUUUUUAUUCGGUAGUUUUCUUUGCUCUAGCAUCACUGGAGGCCACCGUAGCGCAGAGCUUAACAUGUCCGCCUAUGACGCUGAACGCCUGGGUUCAAAUCCUGACGAGACCAGCAUACAAUUUUCAGCGGUGGUUAUGCCCUCCUAAUACUGGCGACAUUUGUGAGGCACUAUGCCACGUAAAAACUUCACCCUCAAAAGAGGUGUCGCACUGCGCCGUUAGGACUCGGCUGUAAAAAGGAGACCCCUUAUCAUUGAGCAUAAAUUUGAAUCGGACUGCAGUCAUUGAUAUGUGAGAAGUUUGCCCCCGUUCCGUAAUGGAAUGUUCAUAGGCAAAUUUGCAAUUUACAUCACUCUUAUCAUCUGGAAGCCUUAUAUGUAUCCAAUCUUAUAGUCUUUAAUGAUUAAUUUAUUACCUAACAUUUACUUAACGCAUAGUUACCUACAGAAUUUAAGUAACCAGCUAAUUUUUAUGAUUUUUUGAGAGACACAUAAUACAUACUCCAACAGAGUUCAAAAAUCUCCUUCAAGGACCAUUGUUUAUCGAUAGUAUGGUGAAUUCAACCGAGGUCGUAGUUCACUCCAAGGCGAAUUUCGUGAAGGUCGUCCAAAAUCAGUCGUUGUUCCAAAAACCAUCGAUGCUGUGCGCCAACUGAUAUUGUAAGAUCGUCAUGUGAGCUAUCGUGAUAUUGAGACAACCUUAGGCAUAAGUGGGACCAGCAUACAUACAAUAUUGCAUGAACAUUUGACCUUGAAGAAAAUUUGUAAGUGUUGGAUCCCACACAAUUUGUGAGUAGCUCAAAAAAAAGCUCGUGUCGAUUGGUCGAAAAAAUGCUCCAAAAAUACGAAACAACUGCUUCUCAAAACACCAAUUUGAUGAGUCAUCCGCCGUAUAGGUUUGACUUGCCACCGAAUGACAUCUUUUUAUUCUCGUACAUAAAAAAUAAAAUGAGAGAUCAACGUUUUUCGACACCUGAAGAAGCGGUCGAUGGGUUAAAAAUGCCUGUUUUGGAGAUACCUCAAUCAGAGUCGCAAAAGUGCUUCGACAAUUGGUUCAAAUGCAUGCAAAAGUGUAUAGAUGUUAAUGGGGAACAUCUGAAAUUUGCUUUUGUGUUCUCUAAUGCCGAAAUAUAAAAGGCAACCCAUAUCUUUACCAAUUGAGUGGUUGUAUGUAAGUCACUAGUUGUUUUUAUUAAAAAUAACAACCUUAUAUAUAUCCCAUCAACAUUCCAUUAAGGAGCAGGGGAUACUUUUAAGUAAACUACUACUUUUUUAAACAUUAUUAAGUUUAAGCUCAAUGACAAGGGGCCUCUUUUUAAAUGCCAAAUCCGAACGGCGUGCCGCAUAGCGACACCACUUAGUUGAGAAGUUUCAACAUGGCAGGAUAACUCACAAAUGUUACCAGCAUUAGAUAACCACCGCUGAAAAUGUUUCUGAUGUUCACGCUGGGGUUUGAACCCAGGCGAACCGAACACUGAUUUUGGUAAUAAAAUUCAAUGAUUUGCAAGCGUUGCUCGUUAGUAAGUCUAUUCAUGAUGAAAUGUCAAAGCAUA